CGGUCAGAGAGAGAGAGAGACACCGAGCCCCGGGGGCUCCGGUCAGAGAGAGCGAGAGACACCGAGCCCCGGGGUGGCAGCGCGGAUCUCCGGGUUUUAUGGAGAUAAUUUUAGUCAGACACUGAGUUUAGGUUCAGGAGGGCGACCAGGAUCCAGAAAGACGGGAACUACCCGCGGCCCCUAAGGCUGCAACUGGACUGCCCUUAUCCAAGCUCAGGAUUUCAGUCUGCUCGGCUGCACGCUGAACUAGGAGGAGGAGAUGAAGGGGGAGCAUUUGGUCCGGGAUCCUGCAGUUCGUUGCUGGCGUUUACCAGACAUGUGAACCCGGAACGUAACUUGGCGAGCGAGUGGGGAGGAUAGCAGGCCGACACCAUUUACACCUCGUAUCAUCCCCAAGAACCUUUGUGGCGCUGGAUUAACGAUGUGAGGACCACGAUGUGUAGAUCGUGGACAGCUGCCGUAAAUUUGCAGAUUAAAUAACUUGGAUGGAUCUAUGGUGAAGAUAAUGGUAACAAGGAGAAUGACAAUAUUAAUCGAUUUUGGAUCUAUAGAAAAAUAAGAAAAUUAAACGGGCGAGCGACGAUGGAAUAAAAAUAUAAUGGAUGGAUAUUGUAUUACUCAGUACUGUGCGGACAAUAUUUGACAAAUAAUGCAAAUACUUGUUAGAUCUGUAACUGACAAACAAAAGGAUAACAAAAACGGAAGAAAAUGGCUCAAAUUUCGCUACAGGUGUUUAACUGCACGGAGUAGUAAGAUACGCUGUGGUCUUUUCAGAAGAUAACAAUUCUUAGCAUGAUUUUUUAGCUUGAGAUUCUUUUUAUAUUUGGCAACUGUUCACCUCUGCAUAUGCAGUAAAGCAUUAAUAACAUCGCAAAGGACAUCAUCACUGCAUACAAAAAUGUCUCAGAGUUUAUUACAAGGAAAGAGAUUUUUCUGUCGGGAGUGGGUUUUCCAUAAACUCCAUUAUUGUCUUCAAGAAAAGAACAGUGGUAAAAUGUUUGGGAUCUCCAAUCCUAACGGGAAUGGUGGUGUCCCUGGGAAAAACGUUGGAGGCAUCGGGGGUAUUUUGAUCGUUGGGGGUCCCGGCAGCGGUAAGACAGCACUGUGCACAGAGUUGAUUUGGCCCACUUGCCCGCAGGUAAUGCAGCGGGGGUUGCAUCGCCAGGCACUCGCCUUUCACUUCUGUAAAGCUCAGGAUGCAGACACACUGUGUGUUAGCAACUUCAUACAAAGCCUCGUCUCCCAAAUUCGCAACAGCAGUUUGGUCCAGGGAUAUGAAGAGAAACUGCGAGAACCAGCAGUUCACAGCGUGCUGCAGGCAGGCGAAUGUGACAGAAAUCCUGGAGAAACCUUUAAAAGGUGUGUACUCUUGCCAUUGUUGGGAAUAAAACCACCUUCACAGAAUCUAUUCAUCGUCGUAGACUCUGUCGAUGAAGGCUGCAAUUAUACGGAAGGAGAGCAAAGGCAAGCAGGUCUGUCACGGACUAUAGCAGAGCUUCUAGCAAGUCAUCAUGAGUUCUUCCCACCUUGGUUGUUGCUUGUCUGCUCUUCUCGGAAACAAAGUAAAAUGGUGACAAAAAUGUUCACAGGCUUCCGGAAAAUUAGCUUGGAUGAUCUGCGUAAAGCCUACAUUGUAAAGGACGUACAGCAGUAUAUCUUGUAUCGUCUGGACCAGGAAGAAGCAUUAAGACAGCACCUGACAAAAGAAACAGCUGAAAUGUUAAACCAGCUCCAUAUUAAAAGCAGUGGCUGUUUUCUUUAUCUUGAACGUGUCCUUGAUGGAGUGGUGGAAAGCUUUAUAAUGCUGCGAGAGAUUAGGGAUAUUCCAGGAACAUUGAAUGGACUAUAUCUUUGGCUUUGUCAAAGGCUUUUUGUACGAAAACAGUUUGCCAAAGUGCAACCUAUUCUAAAUGUAAUUUUGGCUGCCUGUAGGCCAUUAACUACUUUGGAAUUAUAUCAUGCAGUGUGGACAAAAAAUAUAACCAUGACAAUUGAAGAAUUUCAACGGAAAUUAGAUAUUUUAUCAAAGGUUCUUAUAGAUGGCUUGGGAAACACUAAAAUUCUGUUUCAUUACAGUUUUGCAGAGUGGUUGCUCGAUGUGAAGCACUGCACACAGAAAUAUUUGUGUAAUGCAGCAGAGGGUCACAGAAUGCUUGCCAUGAGUUAUACAUGCCGUGCAAAAGAACUUUCCCCUUUGGAGGUACAAGAGUUUGCACUGCACCUGCUUAAUUCUAACUUGCAGUUAGAGCCACAUCACUUGGCCUUGUGGAUGAUCUGGAAUGGCACACCUGUGAAAGGAGCCUUGUCAACGAUAGUUCCUAAAGAGCAGGAAAUACUGCAGCUUUUAGUAAAAGCAGGAGCUCAUGUGAACAGUGACGAUGAUCGCACAUCUUGUAUUGUACGCCAGGCUCUGGAGAGAGAAGAUUCCAUUCGAACUUUACUAGAUAAUGGUGCUUCUGUUAAUCAGAGUGACUCAAAUGGAAGAACGUUAUUGGGUAGUGCAGCCUACAGUGGCAAUUUGGAUGUUGUUAAUCUCCUGAUAUCUAGGAAUGCUGAUCUGGAAAUUGAAGAUAAUCAUGGACAGACAGCACUUACACUUGCUGCUAGGCAAGGUCAUACAAAGGUUAUUAAUUGCCUCAUUGGACAUGGUGUUAACAUAAAUCACACUGACCAAGAUGGCUGGACUGCAUUAAGAUCAGCAGCUUGGGGCGGACAUACAGAGGUGGUAUCAGCACUUCUCUAUGCUGGAGCAAAGGUAGAUUGUGCAGAUGCAGACAGUCGAACUGCUCUGAGGGCUGCAGCAUGGGGAGGACAUGAGGACAUUGUUCUCAAUUUACUCCAGCAUGGAGCUGAGGUUAACAAAGCUGAUAAUGAAGGAAGGACUGCACUUAUUGCAGCAGCAUAUAUGGGACAUAAAGAGAUAGUAGAACAUCUGGUGGAUCAUGGUGCAGAGAUCAAUCAUGAAGAUGUGGAUGGUAGAACAGCUCUGUCAGUAGCUGCACUGUGUGUCCCUGCAAGCAAAGGUCAUGCAUCAGUGGUUAGCUUACUGAUUGACCGAGGAGCAGAGGUUGACCACUGUGACAAAGAUGGUAUGACUCCCUUGUUAGUCGCUGCCUAUGAAGGACAUGUGGAUGUUGUUGAUUUGCUUCUUGAAGGAGGGGCAGAUGUGGAUCACACUGAUAACAAUGGUCGUACUCCACUUCUGGCUGCUGCGUCCAUGGGUCAUGCAUCAGUUGUAAAUACCUUACUGUUUUGGGGUGCAGCUGUUGAUACUAUUGAUAGUGAAGGAAGAACAGUUCUGAGUAUAGCUUCAGCACAAGGAAAUGUAGAAGUGGUGCGUACUCUGCUGGACAGAGGACUAGAUGAGAAUCAUAGGGAUGAUGCUGGUUGGACUCCAUUACAUAUGGCUGCAUUUGAGGGUCACCGACAAGUAUGCGAAGCACUUAUCGAACAAGGUGCUCGGACUAAUGAGGUGGACAAUGAUGGUCGUAUUCCUUUAAUACUAGCAGGACAGGAGGGCCAUUAUGACUGUGUGCAGGUUAUGCUUGAAAACAAAUCCAAUGUGGAUCAGAGGGGUUACGAUGGUAGAAAUGCAUUGCGUGUUGCAUCAUUAGAAAGUCAUCGUGAUAUAGUUGAACUGCUCUUGAGCCAUGGAGCCGAUGUGAAUUACAAGGAUGCUGAUAGCCGCCCAACGUUGUACAUUUUGGCACUUGAAAAUCAACUAGCAAUGGCUGAGUAUUUGCUAGAAAAUGGAGCAAAUGUGGAAAGCACAGAUGCAGAGGGGAGAACUGCUCUUCAUGUCUCCUGUUGGCAAGGGCACUUGGAAAUGGCCCAACUUUUGAUAAACUACCAUGCUGAUGUCAAUUCUGCUGACAAUGAGAAACGAUCAGCUUUGCAAUCUUCUGCAUGGCAGGGGCAUGUGAAGGUUGUGCAGUUGCUAAUUGACCAUGGAGCAUUGGUAGAUCAUACGUGCAAUCAAGGUGCUACUGCUCUUUGUAUUGCAGCCCAGGAAGGACAUGUAGAUGUUGUUCAAACAUUACUGGAACACUCAGCGGAUCCAAAUCAUGCAGAUCAAUUUGGACGGACUGCAAUGAGAGUUGCAGCAAAAGGUGGCCAUACACAGAUUAUAAAGUUAUUGGAGAAGUAUGGGGCAUCGAGUCUAAAUGGAUGUAGCCCUUCUCCAGUUCACACAAUGGAACAGGCAGCCCCUCAGUCUGUCACUAUGAAAAUGCACUCUUUAACAAUUAAAUCGAAUAGCUCUGGCAGUACUGGUGGAGGUGACUUGCAGUCUGCUAUACGUGGUUUUUCUAAUGGUCCUCAACACCCUUUCAGUUCACCCUCUGAAUCUCCAGAUUCAACAGUUGAUCGACAGAAGUCCUCACUGUCUAAUAAUUCACUGAAGAGCUCUAAAAACUCCUCUCUUCGAACAACAUCAUCCACAGCAACUGCACAGACUGUACCCAUGGACAGUUUCCAUGGUAUGUCAUUCACAGAGCAGAUACAGCAGCAUUCAUUACCACGUAGUCGAAGCAGGCAGUCUAUUGUAAGUCCCUCAUCUACUACACGAUCCAUAGGACAGCAUGCUGGUUCUCCAACUAGUGAGUAUGAAUGGGGACAAAUGAAACCCAAUGUGAGAUCUUCUAAAAGUGGUAAAACUGGACAUAUUGAACCUAGUGAAGGUUCCACCAAAAUUGGUUCAUCUGGGAAGAGAUCAGCCCAAAACAAGCAAAACAACUGCCCUCAGCCAAAGGUUUUGGAAUAUGAAAUGACACAACUAGACAAACGAACAGCCAUAAAUAAAAUAAUACAGAAUACUGCAGUGCCAUUAAAGCAAGCACCACUUGAAUCACAAUGUAAGAUACUGAUUCCACACAGUGCACAGGAAACUUCAAGGGCUCAACAACAGUUCUUAAUACAGCAACAUGGGGAACAAAAGAAAAGAAAUGGAAUAAUGACAAAUCCAAACUAUUUACAAGGGAAUCCUGUUCUCCUGGGCAGGGUUGCAGUUCCAAAGAAUGGACAGGAGAAGGGACAUACUGAAUGUUUGGAAGGUUAUCCAUUAGCAGAGACUGAACUAAGUCUGAAGCAAGCCCUAAAAUUACAGAUUGAGGGGACAGAUCCUAGCUUUAAUUACAAGAAGGAAACACCAUUGUAGCAG